CGACAUAAGACGCAACUGGAAGAUGCAAGAUAAGGUACGGUCUGGACGAUCUCGUCCGAAUAUUUAAAUCCGACUUCUCUCCGGACCCUCCUCCGGGUGCCCUUGCUACUGAACUACAGUGUAUUCCCUCCACCUGACCAGGAAGCAGACAGACAUGGACCUCCUGCCUAGUCGCGAUGUGAUUCGCGACAUAUGCAUCAUCGGCGGCGGCCCAGCAGGCCUCGCCGCGCUCAAGACUAUCGUGCAGACGGAAGAGUACAAAGCCGGGCUGUGGAAGCCCACCCUGUUCGAGCGGCGGGAUAACGUAGGCGGGGUAUGGUUACCCGCACCCCCUACGGAUGACCCCCCGCUGACGCCUCUGUACGAUUCGCUGACGACGAACCUGCCGCAUCCCGUGAUGUGCUAUGAAUGCUACCCGUUUCCGCCCUCGACGCCGCUGUUUCCCCAUGCCGCAGUCGUGGAGAAGUAUCUCCAAGACUUUGCAGCUCACUUUGAUCUUACUCCGUGUAUUCAGCUGGAUACGUCCGUGGACGAGGUGAAGUGGGACAGUUCGAAGUCCAAGUGGAUUGUCCGCACAUCCACAUUUUCCGGUGCCUCGGAGGAGGCAGACUUUGAUUCUAUCAUCAUAGGAAACGGGCAUUACUACGAGCCCAGAUAUCCUGACACGCCCGGCGUAGACUCCUGGCUGAAGGCGGGGAAGGCCUCUCAUUCUGCCUGGUACCGACAUCCGCACAACCUCGGCGACGUCGUGCUCGUUGUGGGCGCCGGGCCCAGCGGGCAGGACAUCUCCGCCGAAACGCGCACCACCGCCAAACUCGUCAUCCAUUCCGUCCCGGGCGCCGCCAAGUCGGACCUCGCUCCGAACUACAAACGCCGCGGGCGUGUCACCGAGUUCCGCGACGCGGGGCAAGUCGUCUUCGAGGACGGCACGACAGAGCGCGGGAUCGAUUACUGCAUCCUCGCGACGGGGUACUACAUGUCCUUCCCCUUCUUCCGCGACAUGAAAAUCGGGCUGCCGCCCCCGCUCCCGCCGCUCCCCGCGCAUCUGUACAAUUCGCGCGACCACGUAUUUCCGCUGGCGCGGCAUGUCUGGCCGAUACAGUCGCAGUUCCCCGUCGCGACGGUCGCGUUCCUGGGGCUGCUGCUGAAGGUGGCGCCGCUCCCGUUGCUCGAGGCGCAGGCGCGCGCGGUCGUGCGGGUGUAUAGGCGCCCCGAGGCGCUGGAUGUGACGCGGGAGGCGGUGGGUAUCGUCGCGCGGUACGAGGAGCUGAAGUCUGUGUAUGGGGAUAACCAGGCAGCGAUUGGGGGCGCGUGGCAUCGGUUCGUGGGGCUGGAGCAGUUUGAGUACCGGGAUGCGUUGAACGAGUUUGCGGGAGAGCCGGAGAACAAGGUGCAGCCAUGGAUCGUGGAGAUGUACGAGAAGAAGGAUGUGUUAAGGAGUGAGUGGAGGGAGCUGGAGAGGAUUGGCGAGGCGGAGGAGUGGGUUAGGGGAGUGGGAGAGGGGGGUCUGGAAGAAUGGAUAGAAUUGAUGAGAAAGCUCCUACGGAGGGCAGAAGAGCGACAGGCUGCCAGAACCUGA